UGUCAAAGGAGGGGGAGGGGAAAGAGAGAAACUACAGGAGAAAGGGGAAAGUUCUUAGGGGCUGGACGGAAAAAUAAUAACUUCACUUAAUACCCCAGUUAAGCUGGUUUGUUUCAGGCACGUUGUUCCACCCACUGACCUCGUGUUGUCGAAGGUGGACAGUGAGCACGAGCUCUCCAACGUGACCCAAACCCAGGACAACAUCUCUCAAGCACUAGAGGCAAAGGAAGAACAAGGGUGGAGAACUCCCAUGUGGUUUUGCCUGACUGGACUGUGUGGAACGGGAGCAAUGUUGUGAAGCUGUGCACUGGCAGCCCAGUGGAGGCAACGUGUGCUGAUGCAGCUUCCCACUGGGAUUGUAUUUUCAGAAUGCAGUGGCACACGUGAUGGAAGAUGUCCUUCCCAGCUGUAAAUGGCUUGGAUGCUGUCCACGAAGAUGACCAAAGUAUCACAGAGCCUGUCGCAGAGGACAGCGCUGACAGCCCACAGCAUCAUGUGAAGGAAGAGGAGGUGGAGGAGGGUGGUGACUCCGUCACCACGCUCCACAAUGGUACAUUCUCCACCGAGCCAGAAUUCUCCCUCAGUAUCUGCGGAGAUGAGCCAAUGGUAAAACGGAAGAAGGGGCCAGCCCCGAAGAUGUUGGGGAAUGAGGUUUGCAGCGUCUGUGGGGACAAGGCAUCAGGCUUUCACUACAACGUGCUGAGUUGUGAGGGCUGUAAGGGCUUCUUCCGCCGCAGUGUGAUCAAGAAUGCACAGUACACCUGCAAGAACAGUGGCAAGUGUGAAAUGGACAUGUACAUGCGCAGGAAAUGCCAGGAGUGCCGGCUGCGAAAAUGUCGAGAGGCAGGAAUGAGAGAACAUUGUGUACUGUCGGAAGAGCAGAUUCGCAAUAAGAAGCAGAAGAAGCGUGAGGAUGACAUUGCUCAGGCGUUGGUGGUGACAGCAGAGGACUCGCCGGUAGCAGUUGACAUUGCCAGGCUCACGGUGGAACAGGAAGAGAUGAUCCAGCAGCUGGUGGCCGCACAGCAGCAGUGCAACAAGCGAUCGUUCAGUGACCAGCCGAAAGUAACGCCCUGGCCACAAAGUAAUGACCCGCACAAUCGAGAGACACGACAGCAACGCUUUGCCCACUUCACGGAGUUGGCAAUCAUCUCUGUGCAAGAAAUCGUCGACUUUGCCAAGCAGAUUCCGGGCUUCCUUGACCUCUCGCGGGAGGACCAGAUUGCACUGUUGAAGGCAUCCACAAUCGAGAUUAUGUUGCUGGAGACAGCACGGCGAUAUAACCAUGAGACAGAAUGCAUCACUUUCCUUAAGGAUUUUACAUACAGCAAGGAUGACUUUGCACGGGCUGGGUUGCAGGUCGAAUUCAUAAACCCGAUCUUUGAGUUUUCAAAGGGCAUGAGGAAGCUGCAGUUGGAUGAUGCUGAGUAUGCCCUGCUCAUAGCCAUUAACAUCUUUUCAGCAGACCGACCUAAUGUUCAAGACCACGAGUUAGUGGAGAGGCUCCAGCAGCCGUAUGUUGAGGCCCUUCAUUCGUACUUGCGCAUCAAGCGACCAAAGGACCACCUGAUGUUCCCUCGGAUGUUGAUGAAGUUGGUCAGCCUCCGGACCCUGAGCAGCGUCCACUCAGAGCAGGUCUUUGCCCUCAGGCUUCAGGACAAGAAGUUGCCACCCCUGCUGUCUGAAAUAUGGGACGUUCAUGAGUGAACGAGCGGAAAGCCAUAAGCAGGAGAGGAGAAGGGUGGCGUACAUACACUUUUAUUUUUACAAAAGAAAAGUGCAAGAGAAUGUAGGAGAAAAAAAGUUCUGUCUUUUUUUUAACAAACUUAAGACUCAAAGGCAACAAUGAUACAAGAAGUCCUGACCAAUGUGUGUGAGAGGGAGGAUUUAAAGAAAAGAGAGACAAAUAUUAAACUUUAUUUGGUUGUAGGACUUGGAUGUCCAGAUGUUGAAGAGACAUCCAUCCCUGCACUUACUGGACUGAUUUCCAAUGAGAGACUUAAGUCUCCACUUGUUCUUAACGCAGUGGUACUGUUGCCCCCGCUCACCUUAUCUCCUUUGUUCUUUGUUUAACAUGCAUUGUUUACCAACCCCCCAAAAAAGAUUUUAACAGUGAUUUCUUUUGCUCAAUAAUAUAUGAAGUUUAAUUUUUUUUUAUUGAGCACGUUUUCAGAAAGGCAGAUCAAAUUCAAUCUGGUAUUGGAAAGCAGUUGUUGCAAAGACUAUAUAUGUGCGCAUGUGUGUUUUCAUGAGAGUUUUAGUCAUGUUCCAAAUGAAGGGAGUUGGGUUUUGCUGCCAAAUAGGCAAUGUUAUGAAGAGAAAAAAAGUUGUUUAAUUUUUUUAAACAAACUUAAGCACUACAUCCCAUCGCUUAUUUCCUUGAUCUCUGGAACCAUUAAUUGUUGAUCAUUGCUAUGACUAAUUGCAAUUUUUGAUAAUCUUGUAAUUCUGUUAACUAUUGGAUUUAUGACUGGGGAAGGCAUCAAAGUUUUUUUUCCCUAAGGGAUCAUAGUAAUCAGGGAUCCUAUUGAUGUAAGUUGCACACAUGGGUUUCUCCCCAAAUGUAAUGUUUGAGUGACGAUGAGGUUUUCAACUCUAUUCAUUCACCGACUGUGGGUGCUGCUGGCAAGGCCAGCAUUUGUUGGCCAUUUCUUAAUUGCCCUUUAGGAAGAUGAUGGUGAGCUGGCUCCUUCACUACAACUGAGCAGCCAGUUGGAUCAUUUGCAGAUUUAAGAGUCGACCACCUUGUUGUGUGGCUCUGGUGUGUUGUACAGGCUGGCUGGCUAAUAACACCAGAUUUCCAUCUCUCAGUUGAAUCAGUUGGUGACUGAGUGAGAUGAGAAACUGGUUGAAUUCUGCCAAAUUUUGGAGAGAGGAAGGGUUUGUCUUUGAACAUCACUGUUGGCCUUAGUUGAAACCUGGGUUGUUUUCCUUCCUGUGAUGAAUGCACUAGUCUUUUUGUCCCUCUUUGUCUCAUUCUACCUACAUCUGUCUAGUAUCUCUCACUCUUGCCACAUGUACAUAUCAUUCUCUCUGUACUCUGCACUUUAUCUCUGACUGGCUUUUUAGUAUGUGUGUUUUAUUCGCUGUAUGUCUGUCUGUCUCAUUUUCUUUUUGUGUGCUGUGUGUACGUAUAUCUUCAUAACUUCAUCGCGUAAUCGUAGACAUCAAAUACUUUUCACAGUAUCGAUCUGAUUUUGAUAUCCAAUUUAUAGGCAUUCAUAUGUAUGGGUAAGAGGGCAAAAAGAAGCAGCUGGAAAGAGAAAGAUGAACAAAGUUUUUUUUAUACAAAAAAAGGGAAAAUUGAAAAAAAAAAGUAGAAAUAUAUGCAAGGACAAAUGUUUGAGCCCCAAAGCCAAAAUGAAUUUGAUUUAGACAUUUGAUUACGGGUGGACUGCCUGGAGCAGCUGCAGAUACAUGUUCUUGCUUUGAGGUGUAUGAAAACAGUCCUACCUCUGUAGUUCACUAUGGAGAAUGGGAAUGCUGCCUGUCACCAGUCACCUGGGCAAUCAGUUGAGUCAAUUCACUAACCCAUUCCUGCGCCCAAAGGAGUUUUGCAAGCAAAGUGAUUUUCAAACAAAAGCCUGUUUUUCACAGAAACUACCAUUAUCAAUAUUUCCACCACUGUCUUCUGCUGAUUAUUGACCCACUCCCCAUACCAUCUUCAAUAUUUGCACAUUAAGAGACCAUACUGAAAUGCCUCCAUCACUUUGCCCCUUGUACAUUACAUGGGGUUCCAUUCCUCCAGGUGUGUAAACUCAUAAAUGGAGCUAAGGUACAGAUCAGGAGCUAAAUGGCCUCCUAUGUCCUUCUUCUGCUCUCAUUUCCUCUGUUUUCGAAGGUAGUGAGGUUUGCUUCUGGCAGUGAGGUUGGAGGGCUUGGGGUUCUGGGCACUUUAUGGUCUCCUUUCUAAAUGACCUUGAGUGAUAUUCCCAAAUAAUGUUCUUCCAUCUUUCAAGGGAUGAAGCUUAGAUCACAUCCCUGAUCAACACAUGCAUGUUCCAGCACAAAGUGGAGAUGUUUUCCUCAACUGUUUGGUUAAAGAGUCCUGAGAUUCAUUUUAGUGACUCCAACUUGGAUUCAGACACCUGCAACAUGGGCUGGGAGUCAAACCCCUGGGCAGAGGGCUUCUAUCCUUCACCUCAACCCCCUCCAGUUUCCACAUUGCUUUAGUGUCUAUGUCUACCUGCACUGCCAAAGACUGUACUUAACAGCAGUGAAACAGUUUUCACAGCUCCAGGACUGUCUGCAUUUAUUUCAGAUUUCCAGCCUCCUCAGUACUUUGCUUGCGUUUUCACAGCUCAAUUACACGCCUACUUGUAAGGAACUUAGGGGUCCAAUUCAGUUCCAUGCUGAAGUAAUUGUAUUUUAGACAUUUCUGAAAUUAAUUGUAUUUUCCUUUCCUCCUUGUUUUGUUUAGUCGGGCUAGGGGUUGGUUCGGCAAGGGCGGGCCCGAGAGAGCAGGCAGGCUAACCUGCUCCCAGACCUUUGUCAACAUUGGACCUAUAAAUAGGAUCAGUCACCCCAUCAGUGGAAGGAGAAUUGAAGGCUAAUUGUUUUCUUAUUCGACUCAUGAUCUGGGGAAGCACUUUAGAAUGAAUAAAAGCAUUGUGAAGUUUUAACCCUUGCUUUUUCUUACUCCCCUAACAUCUAUGGUACCUUUUUUUAUUUUUAGUCUUAUAUGGAAUUCUUGCACCACACACCGCUAAUGCACAAAUAUUGCCAUUCAGGCUUAUUGUUCUGUUGAGGGCUUUCUCCCCUGAAGAUUUUCCGAUAUGUUGCCCUUUAUUUUUGUACCUCUGUGUAAUCAGGAAAAGUGCCUCAAUGCUGUCACGUCCACUGGAAAGCUUGCAUCUCAUUUGCACGGUCUUAUUAGUUGAUUGCACUUGGCCUCCCAGCCUGAGGGUUCUUGUGGUGCAGUGGUAGCGUCCCUACCUUUUGAGCUGGAAGACCUGGGUUCAAGCCUCACUUCUGAACAGGUUGAUUAAAGAUAUUUUUUAAAAACUCCCGCCCUUGAUUUCUGUUCCAUUUAAUCACACAUUAAGCCAUGGAUUGAUCUAACUUUGUGUUUUUCCCCAUUUGCAGUAUGUUUGAACAAUUUCUGUUGGCCUUCCUGUGUUUUAGAAGGGGCUGAAGGCAAUGGAGAAACUUGUACGUCUUUUCGUUACCUGUAUAUGCAUUGAACAGAAGCACAUUGUUAUGUGCUGCCUGAAGAUUGUUGGGGGUGAACACUCCCUGUCUUUGUACAUUUAGCACAAUUGGAAUUAUGAUCGAAAAGUGGGGACUUUAUUGCACAGGAUCAUUUAAAACCAAAUUUUCUUUUUGAGACAGAAACCUCUGCACUUGUCCAGUUCAGGGGAAGUGAAGCAUUUUCAAUAUGAAAGCCACAGUGCCACUGCUGAGUAAUCACAGGUAAAUUUGCAGAGAGCAGAUGACACACAGUUGUGAAGCUUCUCCUACUGUGUUCCCUAACAAUGCGCCUCAGUCUUGAUUUGAAAGGGACUCUAACCCCUGCUUGAAUAUCCAGGGUGUUUUGAACAUAAUUCAAAAAGUAUUUUCCUUGAUCCCACUGGACACUCUGUAAUCUUUGAUAAUGAAGCCCAGUGAUAUUUCUUGUUAGAAAUCAGUUACUUCUGCAUUCCCACAUUGGCUGUCCCAAAUAAUAAGCUGGAUUUGUCCUGUGGUGGGUUGAGAUUGCCCAAGCGUAGUUUCCUUCUGAAUGCUAUAGCGUCCAAAGAGAAGGGGAUUCCAUCCAGAAGGGGGCACCCUUAACAACAAAGGUCAGGGACCAGUUUGGAGCUCCUGCAGCAUCCAGAGCCUAUCAAAGAAAGGCUAAUGUGGCCUUUCCACUCUUUUCAUAAAACAAAGAGUGAGCAGGGAUGCUAGGUAUGGGGUGGAAAAGAAGCAGAAGGAAGAUGCAAGUUAUCUUAACCAUGAAUCAUCCCCUGGACUUCAGAUCUUUCUGAUUCUUACAAGACUUUACCCAAAGGCAGUGACUUAGGUAUGGGUUGCCUGUAUCUGACCCAUUCUUCUUAUGGUUUCAGCUAUGUCUGUAUGAUCCUGUGCACCUGAAAUAACACUUGACAAUGUUUUGAGUUCAUUUUUGUCCUUUGGAUCUAAAUUUUAUUUCCAGGUUGAACAGACAAGCGAGAGCUCUGUCAAAGAGCCUCUGCCAACACUACUCCGAAACUAACUAUACAUUUUUUACGUUCCUCCCUUUUGCUGACCCUCAAGAACUGUUUUUGGGAAUCAUUUCAACCGGUGGACAUUGGUAUAAAAUGGGAUGAUACGGAGGAUUCAUACCUCUCUCCAAUCCAAUUUUCCCAGGCAAUUUGAGAUCUCUAGUUUCUGCAUCCAAUUUAAAAUGCCUGUGUUGAGUAACUCUUCUGGGAAUGUUUUGGCAGUGGGAGCUAAUUCAAACUAACUUCUCUGCUUAAAUGUUUAACCCCUCUUCAUGUGUGACUCUGGACAGGGUGUGCUGGCAGUUUGAGUUGUACAUCAAGUUUGAGUUGUUUAAAAGGCUGAAGGGAGAUGUUCACCAUGUAGGAUAUUGGUAUCACUGUGCUAAUUAAUUGCCGAGCAAUGCAUUGUCCUAAUCUAUUAGAGUUCAGUAACGCUAAUAAAAUUCAGCCCGAUGCAAUUUGGGGAGUGGGCAUUUUCAUUUGGAGAGUACUCUACAGGGUUAGUAACUGUUUGAAAAAUGUUGCUCAGUUAGUACUUGUUUGCUGGCAAUUAAAAUAUUAAUGUGAAUCCA